CACAGGGAAAGUGCUGUACCUCUGAGAAAGAGGGGAAGGAGAAGGAGACCAUGGCGUGGACCAAGUACCAGCUCAGCCUGGCUGCGAUGAUGCUCAUUACAGGAUCCAUCAACACACUGUCAGCCAAAUGGGCUGAUAAAUUCAGUGCCAAAGGUUGCCAUGAAUCAAAGGAACAUAAGUUCAAUCAUCCCUUCCUUCAGGCUGUGGGCAUGUUCCUCGGGGAAUUCUCCUGUUUGGUGGUGUUCUACAUCGUUUUAUGCUAUGAUCGACGAAGACCAGAACCAAAAAUGGCACCUUCCAGACAGUUUAACUCUUUCAUUUUCCUACCGCCAGCUCUGUGUGACAUGACUGGCACAUGCAUCAUGUAUAUUGCUUUAAACAUGACAAGUGCGUCCAGUUUCCAGAUGCUGCGUGGGGCUGUGGUGAUCUUCACUGGCAUGCUGUCUGUUGCCUUCCUGGGGCGUCGUUUGGAGGUCAGCCAGUGGAUAGGGAUCAUCUUCACAAUCCUUGGACUGGUGGUGGUGGGGCUCGCAGACUUCCUCAGUGGCAGCCAGGACUCUGGGCACAACACAACUGAGGUGAUAACAGGUGAUCUCCUCAUUAUCAUCGCCCAGAUUAUUGUUGCUAUCCAAAUGGUUUUGGAAGAGAAAUUCGUUUCCAAACAUGAUGUACACCCGCUUCGAGCUGUGGGCACAGAGGGAAUUUUUGGAUUUGUUAUCCUCACCCUGCUGUUAUUUCCAAUGUACUACAUCCCUGCGGGUCAAUUUAGUGGCAACCCCAGAAUGGUCCUUGAAGAUGCUUUGGAUGCCUUCUGUCAAAUAGGGAAAAAGCCAUUAAUAACUGUGGCUCUCUUGGGAAACAUCUUGAGCAUCGCAUUCUUCAACUUUGCUGGUAUUAGCGUCACAAAGGAAAUUAGCGCGACCACACGGAUGGUUUUGGACAGUCUACGGACCUUAGUCAUCUGGGUAGUAAGCAUAGCAGUAGGUUGGGAAACAUUCCACCCUCUACAGAUACUAGGCUUUACCGUCCUAUUGGUGGGUACGGGACUCUACAAUGGGCUCCAUAAACCACUACUGUUAAAGAUUCCCUGGUGCCGGGAGCGUGUUGGGGAAUCCUCUGAGAGUGAACGGUUGUUGGCGGGAAACCAAGCCUCCAUCAACGAUGGUCAGUGAAACAUCAGUGGAUUAAAGCUUUCUGCUUAUAAUGGCUCUUUUCAACUGAUAGAUGCCUUUACUUUAAAAACUGUUCAAAUAUUGUUUAAGGAUGAAUAGGAAGAUGGAAUUUAUAUAAUACACAACUGAAAUCUCAAUUUUCUUUUCACAGCUGAGAUUUAAAGAAUAACUUUUUUUAGUUUUAUGUAUUUCUUAAGGAAGCACCACCAUCUCAGUAUGAUAUUGUGGAUGAAUGACUAGCGAUGAGCAAGAGGUCUGCAUAAAUUAAUAACUGCUCAAGUAAUGUUUUGAAUCUCAAGAAUUUAUGUUGCACAGAAGAUUGAACAAUGAGGAUUGACUACAGAAGUUUAUUUGUGAGGCUUGGUUUAUAUUUUGUUUAUAGCUUUUUAAACUCCUAAGAUUAGAUUUCUGCCAUCAAACAGACCAGGGUAUUUUUUUAAAUAAAUACUGUAAAUUUUAUGGGAAAGUUCAAUUAAUUUCUGCCAUUGAGUUCCAAGUCAAUGCAUAGAGAGAUUCAUGCAGAAGGAUUAACAGUGUUGACAUAAUUGCAGGUUUAACUAAAGGAAAAUAAUUAGUUUCUGGCAAAUUAUAUGCCAAUGUAUAUUCAAAGUAAAUUGUUUUGCGGUUUGAAAGCAGGAUUAUCAAGAAAUUAAUAGUAUAUUGUAUCGCUCCCUUUCUAUGAAUACUGCAGCCUUGUUUGUCCAGUGAUAUUUGUCAAGCUUGCUACUUCUACAGUGGUUCAAACCUAUUCAUCUCUUACGCAUGAGAUAGCCUCAGGAUAAUGUACUCAAUUGUUACACAGUGAUGUACCUUAUGGGAACAUUUUUGUAGCUACCAUUAAUUAUAAAUUCUACCCCCAUUUCCACUAUCACUAUAAAACAGAGAUGGGUAUUAAAUAUUUCUGGAUUUUUUUCAAUAUCGCUACCACCCAAUCUUGUUAAAAUAAGCACCACAGUGUUUUUCCCUUUCCAAGAACGCACACUGUAGUCCUUUUUGUGUACUAUUUUGUGCCUGGGCCAUUGAUAGUUAAUGGUUCAACCCACACAACAGAGGAUAAAUGUUGCCUCAAUCACUUGGGUGCACUGGAGGUGAAACCUGUGUGUUUAUAAAUGUUUGUACUGCUAAGCACCAUAGAAAUGAUUGGGGAAGCAUCAUCUUUUCUGCCAUGCUCUUAAGUGGAGUACCUCGGUUUACACAUUGCACAUUAGUCAGUAUUGAAAUACGCUGGGUCCUCCAGAAUACCAAACACGAUUGGCUAAGUCUCUGACUCAGUUUAAGUACUUUCCAUUAUGUUCUGCUGACUCACUGCAUGAAGAGGGCCAUCAUUUUCAUCUUGUUAUAGCAGAGAGCAGUAAGCACAUGAAAUGCUCUGAAAGUUCUUAAGGGGCCAUCAGACUUUUCAGCAUCUCUCCAGAAGUGCACCUGCAACUGAACUCUUCAGUUCACUUGUCCCUGAAGCCUUGCUUGUCAUUGUAUAAAAAGGGAAUAAGUUGCAAAUCAUUUGUACCUUUUUUAAUCAUUGGUACUGUGAAUAAAGUUUGAACUGUUUUCAGUGUAUAAUUUUAUCUGAAGCAUUUUUGCUUUUAACAGGAAUAAGUGAACCUUUCUUGGAAAAGGUAUCACCUGCCAAAAGUGGCAAAUCUUUAUGUGGCUGUCUUUCAACUGAGAGCCACCUUGUUUUGCCCAAAUUGAGCCCAAUUCUAAUGCUCCUGGUGCCAAUAUAAGUGAGCUCAACUAACUCAACAUAGCCCAGGGAUUUAACCUGCAACAUUCUGAUUGUGUAAUGUUCGGGUAUUCUGGAUAAACACAUUGAGCUCUUGAGUUUGCUGCAAUGAGCACACUGUUUCCGCGUGCCCUACUGACAUAACUCUUAUCUAUUAAAGAGAUGUAUCCAUGUACUUUUUAAACAUGUUGGUUAAUAUUUUAUGUUGUCCAGACUCUUAUAACAUUGGCUGUUAUUGUGGAAUCUUGUUUAUUCAAAAUAAUAAAUAAUACAAAUCAACAUAAAUUGAAAAAAAAUCUGAUUGAAAAUCAAGUGUGCUUUUAAUUACAGUCUCCCAUUGCACUAUUUAUUGAUGGUAUGUAUGUGCUUUGUAUUACUCAGACAUACAAAGCAAACACUUGUAACUGAUUUGAAUCAUUAAAUUAUUUUCAUUUGUGCUGUC